GGAUUACUAUGAUAUUUUAGCUACAAAUUUCAAACAAAUUGCUUAUAAAUAUUAGUAAAUGGCACCUCUACAUGUGGCCAGAAAAAAUGUCAAGUUCGCCAUUUUGAAAAGUCAUUCGAAGCUUCUCGUUGUUCUGCUAGUGGCUGAUUACUUGGCGUCAUGUCACAUUUAAUUGUAGAAAUUCCUAAAACUUUACCUGAUGAAGGAAAAUGGCUAUUCGUAAUUGCAGAAAAUUGGAUAGAGAAUGAUAUACUCUUUUUACCAGACAGUUCUUAUUCUGCGGCUCACAAAAUUCAUCUCCUGAAAGGUGGUACUCAUCCAGAUGUUGUAAAUUGGGACAGACACCAUACUUUCAAAAUCAUAGAUACAUUUGGCACAUAUGAGGAGGCUAGAUUGAAUCUUCCCCAGGUAGAAUCUGGUUUGUCCAUCUUGGAUAAUAACAACACAGGAAGAGGACAACGAGAAAGAAAGAAGAAGAAGCUUACCCUGCCAGGGGAAUCCACAACGGACUUUGAAAGUGAAAAUGAAGUUUUCUCUAAACCCGCUCCACAAUCAGUAGUGAAGGCCAAUAAGCAUUCCAAGAAGUCUCCUACGAUAACGUCAAGAAAACCACAAUCAUCUUCAACACCUAUUUUAAAACCACCAGCAGGUCUGCAGAUCAACAAAAAUCCAAGCAACGUUACUGAAAUACCAGCAAAGAAAACUGUGGACACCGAACAUCACGAACCUCAGAAGACGAUGAUUCCUAUGGAACCCAAGACCAUGGUAAAAUUCGAAACAAAUUUAUUUUUGUUGUUGUUAUAUAUUACUUGCAUGUGUAAUAUUUUUCAGAAACCGUACAACCACAACCAAAUUAUUCUGGAUAUUACAACUUGGGAAUGCCACCAUUUUGGGAGCAUAAUUUGAAUUAUCCAAAUUCUUAUAACCAAAGUUAUACACCACCUCCUGCUUCGUAUGAUUUUCCCUGCCAGCCUAUGGGUAAUAUCUCAAGCA